GUUUAUUUCCUGGAACUCAGUAUAAAAUGACAUGUUCCAAUGGUGCAGCACUUGAUUUUUCAACUCAAUCUUUGAUAUAUCCAGCACCAUGACGCUCUUCCUGAGGCUUACACUACUCACCCUGCUUCUUGCAGCCCCUGACUUGCUUGUUUCUGGAGAGAAUAUGAUUACCUGCUAUGGUGAUGUCCAGCAUCUCACUUGUGGUACUGGACUGAUAAAGGUGAAGUCUACUGUAUAUGGACGUACAGACAACAACACAUGUAAUGUUGGUCGGCCCCCUUCUCAGGUUGCUAAAACUGACUGUGCCUCAAAAAUUUUCACUAUUGCUGAAAGAUGCAAUGGACUAAGAGAGUGUGAGGUGAAGACAAAUUUACUUGCCAACCCUGACCCAUGUUAUGGAACCUACAAGUACUACAACACCACUUAUGACUGUAUCAAUGGCCAGUUUGUUGUGAUCUGUGAGCAUGGCUACAGCACACUAGACUGUGGAGAUGAUUCGAUUCAGAUCAUAAAUGCAAACUAUGGACGUGCUGAUUCAGUAACUUGUUCCAAUGGACUCUCUAACAGUUUGAUCCAGAACACCAACUGUUACGCUCCAAACACACUCCCGACUGUGGCUGCACUGUGUAAUGGACAGCAGAGAUGCACUGUAGAAGCUUCAUUCAAGCUCUUUACAGAUCCUUGUGUUGGGACUGUUAAAUAUCUCACUGUGUCCUAUUUGUGCAAUCGAGAAAUUGUGACCUGUGAACACGAUACAGCUGUGCUGACAUGCGGUGUUCGCCGUUUAAAGAUCAUCAGUGCUAACUACGGCCGAACCGAUUCCACCACAUGCUCUUCAGGACGACCUGCCAAUCAACUCACCAACACAAACUGCUACACGCCUAGUGCAUUUGAUAAAGUUGCAGCUAGAUGUGAAGGACAGAACACUUGUGAGGUGCCUGCUACAAACAGUUUCUUCUCUGACCCCUGCUAUGGCACCUAUAAGUACCUGAAAAUUGUGUACAGCUGUGUCUACAUCACAAUGCUCUGCCUGAAGCUCACUCUACUCAGCUUACUUAUUGCAGCUACUGCUUUACUUGCUUCUGGAGAGAACGUAGUUACCUGCAAUGAACAUAUCCAGCAACUGAAUUGUGACGCUGGAGUAAUAUCGGUGCAGUCUUCUGUGUAUGGACGUACAAACAGCAAAACCUGUAGUGCUAAUCGGCCCUUCUGUGACGUUGCUCAUACCAAAUGUGCCUUGCAGACUUCCAUAGUUGCUGAGAGAUGUAAUGGACUAAAAAUCUGUCAGUUAAAGACAGAUUUAUUAGGCACCCCUGACCCCUGUAAAGGAACCUACAAGUACUACAACACCACUUAUGACUGUCUCAUGGCCCGGCACACUGUGGUCUGUGAGUAUGGCUACAGCACACUGGACUGUGGACAUGAUAAUAUAUAUAUCAUGAAUGCAAACUACGGUCGUGCUAAUUCUCAAACCUGUUCAAAUGGACUCUCCAGUGAUUUGAUCAAGAACACCAACUGUUAUGCUCCGGACGUACACUCAACUGUGGCCACACUGUGCAAUGGACAUCAGAGGUGCACUGUAGAAGCUUCAAACAGCGUCUUUAGUGAUCCUUGUGCUGAUACUUAUAAAUACCUCAGUGUGUCGUACUUUUGCACUCGUGACAUUGUGGUCUGUGAAGGUGACACUGCUUCACUGUUCUGUGGUGAUCGCAGAAUAAAAGUUUUUGGUGCUGACUAUGGCCGAACCGAUUCCACCACAUGUGCUUCCGGACUAGGAGAAAUACAAAUCUCCAACACACAGUGCUCCACGUUGGACGCAGCAGCCAAAGUUAAAGCUAGGUGUGAAGGACAUCACAGCUGUGAGGUCUUUGUUAGCAAUGAUGUAUUCUCUGACCCCUGCCCUAACAUCUUUAAGUACCUGAAAGUUGUGUAUGCCUGCGUCUGA